GCCACAAUUUUCCAUCCCACGGACAAACUACUAUAUAAUGCUAUCACCUUCUCAAUCAUCUUCAAUUCUUGACCAUGCAACCCAAAUGAGUUUCUUCAGUUUCAGUGCUCAUGUUUCUUUUGUAACAUCCUGUAUGUGUUCAUAACAGAAAUCCAGCUGCCCCAGAGUUUAACUUGAAUUUGUGGAAAACAUUAGGAAAUUAGUAGGAACCCAUUUUUAGUGAAGCUGAAGAUUAUCAGAGACCACCAUGAUUUUGCCGCUUGAUUUGAAAGAUUUCCAGGAAAAGCUCUCCAUAAAGUUGAGACCUUGGCAGCGUUCUUUUGAAUUCUGGGCUCGAACUAUUGAUAUCUACACUGGCUAUAAGGUGUUUCAACUUAAAGUGUGCUUUGAGAAGGAUGUGAAAAAGCAGGAGGCAAUGUGGGAGAGGCAGCAUGAGCUUGCCGCUGACAAGAUUUAUAAUAUGUGUGCUGAUCUUGGUGGGUUUUUUCUAAAGGUUGCACAAAUAGUUGGGAAACCUGACUUGGCACCAGCUGCAUGGGUGAGAAGACUGGUCACACUGUGUGAUCAAGCUCCAGGUACGCCGUACAAUGUGAUCAAAGCUGAGCUGGAGAAGGAGCUUAGUCAAAGUGUUGACGAGUUGUUUGACACAUUUGAUGCCAAUCCUCUCGGUUCAGCUUCAAUUGCUCAGGUUCAUCGAGCACGGCUAAGGGGUGACAAGAAUGAUGUUGUUGUCAAGGUGCAACACCCUGGGGUUCAGCAUUUGAUGAUGACAGACAUCCACAACUUGCAAGCUUUUGCUUUGUUUAUACAGAAGACAGAUAUCAAAUUUGAUCUAUAUUCUAUAACCAAGGAGAUGGAGAAACAGAUUGGAUAUGAGUUCAACUUCUUGAGAGAGGCUGAUGCUAUGGAAAGAAUUCGCAAUUUCUUAUAUGCAAACAACAAAAAGAGCCCUGUUUCGGUGCCUCGCGUGGUGCGGAAUUUGGUCACUAGGAAGGUUUUGGUAAUGGAAUGUAUUAAUGGAAUCCCCAUUAUGAAACUUGGAGAUGAGAUAGCGAAAAGAGGCAUUAAUCCUGCUGGUAAGGUAGCAGCAGCAGCAAAGCAGAAUAUCCUGAAAAGUUUGACACUUGCAUAUGGACAGAUGAUUCUGAAGAGUGGUUUCUUUCAUGCUGAUCCUCAUCCAGGAAAUAUUCUGAUAUGUCGAGGUUCAGAGGUUGCUUUACUUGAUUAUGGGCAAGUGAAGGAUCUCCCUGAUCAGCUGAGGCUUGGAUAUGCUAAUCUAAUUCUUGCAAUUGCGGAUAAGGAUCCUUUAAGGGCAAUAGAGAGCUUCAGGGAGCUUGGAAUAAUUACCUUGACGAAGUGUGAGGAUGAGCAGAACGAAAUGCUUAAAUUGGCAACGACAAUGUUUGAUACAAAACUACCUCCUGGAGUCAUGAUGUUGCAGCCUUUUUCAGAAGAUUCUUCAAUAAAAAGAAUUUCUGUGGAGGCUUUUCCAGAAGAACUAUUUUCUGUUCUUCGUACUGUGCAUCUAUUGAGGGGGCUCAGUGUCGGUAUGGGAAUUAAUUAUUCAUGUGCUGAGCAAUGGAAACCUAUUGCUGAAGAAGCUCUGUGUCGUGCGGGCAGGCUACCAGAUAAAAAUUCAAGACGAGGACGUAGACGCGGGUACCUCAGAAGGAUAUUUCGGAGACAGUAAAAUAACACAUGAAGAAAAGCAGGCGGUUUACAAAAAAAUUUGAGACAUUUAUCAUUCUUGGUAUAGAUAAAGUCUAUUGUAAUACACUAGUAACUGUACACUUACUGAUUUAGAAAUUGAUGUGAUGCUUUUCAUUGCUGAUGCUCAACCACUAAUUGUAGGUGCCAAUGCUAAAUUGUAUGGCACCAAAUCAGUUCCUUGUCCAUGACACAGGCAAAAUCAGUAUUCUGUAAUAGACUGACAUCCAAGAUCAAUAUUCUGCAUUUGUGGAAACUACUUUUGUGACCUGACUAUUAGCAUGAGA